AUGUCGCAACGACAGAUGGCGAGGGACAUGCAGACUGAGUUCCAGGCGAGGUUCAAUGCGAAGCAAGCCCGUCGAGAGGCUCAGAAGGCCGCAAAGGCGGACAACGAGCUGAAGAAGCAGAUACAAACGCUGCUCAAGAAGGGCGAGACGCAACAAGCAUACCAGAAGGCGCGCAUGCUGCUGGCCAAGCAGGCCAUCGCCCAGCAGAUGGACCAGGCUGCCGACAUGGCCGAGCUCUCCGUAGCCCAGAUCCAGGCCAACAACGCCAUGAACCGCAUGACGAACAUGAUGGCGCAGUCCUCGAGGACGAUGAACAGGGCCCAGAAGAACAUGAACCCCGAGAAGACCCUCGUUACGCUCGAGCAAUUCAAGAACCAAAACGAAGAGUAUGCCAUGUCCAACAGCAUCUACCAGGACGCCAUGACAACAUCUACGUCGGUGCAGGUCUCCGAGGAUGCGGUUCACGAGCUGCUAGGCAAGCUGGCCGACGACGCCGGGGUUGAGCUGUCACAGGAGCUGGCUUCAGCGUCGACAUCAAAGGUGGAGCCCGUCAAGGAGACGGCUACGAAUGAGCCGACUGCUGAGGAGGAAGAUGCAUUGCAGCAGCGCCUGAGGGCGUUGAGGGCUUGA